AUUCGUCAGCUGUCAACAAGCGUUUCUGUGCAGUUUUCCCUCAUGACCUUCACAAAAGCAAGUGGCUGAAAUUGAAGAGAGUUCAGGAGAAGAAAAGGCAUUGUUCUAAUACUGAAAAAAGUCGAGUCUCGCGAGACUCGCUGCUAGAUAUUGAGGAUGAAGCUGACUUCUACACUGUCGACAUGUCAACAAAGGAGCUGUUUGUUGAGCUUAGUGAUGAUGAAGGCGAUGAAGCUGAAGAAUCACCAGCACCCAAGAAAUGUAGACUGCACAUCCUCAAGUUGUCUAAGUCCCAGCAGCACCGGCGGCUGGACUCACAGUACAGCAACAUACAAGAAACUGCUAAGUUAGAAGAUAUAACAGUCAUCCAGUUGUUAGGAAUGCACUUGUUUCGUGCUUCUUAUUCCAAAAACAAAGAGGUAGCUGACUUUGCAGAGCGCCUGAUCACCGGUCAGCCCCUUCACAUUGUCAAGGAAAUUAGUGUUCCCUCAGCUUCCUUACUUCUCUCUACACUUGAAAUAGGAAAAUCGUCUUACAAAAAGCUGAGAGGGAUUUUGAAGAGUGAAGUGGGUGAUCAUGUUGUACCGUGUUAUGAUGCAGUUGCUUCUCAUAACACUAAAAUAACUCCUAAUGCUGAGCCUCUGUCCCCUCCCUACUCUGGAGUGAAGUACCCACUAAUCCCAGCAAUUACGAUGACGUGUCAGAGACAACUGAGUACACUGGCAUUGGACUUUAGCCAAGACAAACUAGCUGAGGUCACGUUUAAGGCAGGCUUUGACGGUAGUGGGGGACAUUCUAUAUUUAAUCAGAAGGGCUCUGCGGCUACGAAUAAUAUCAUCAUGGCCAUGAUAUGUCCCAUUUCAAUCCGCUAUGGAGGUGAUAAUGUGUGGACUCAACCUUAUCCUCAGUCACAGAAUACUCACAGACCGAUCAUCCUGCAACUUGGCAAGGAGACCAUCGAGGCGUUAAAGAUAUAUGGACCUGUGACACGUGAGAUGGGAGAACUAGAGCAGGAGAGAUUUGUUGUUUGUGUACAUGACAAUAAUGUGAGGGUUAGUGUCAUUAUCAGGUUGACUGCCAUGGACAGAAAAGCAGUGGAUGCAGUCACGGGUUUGGGAGGAGCGUAUUGCGAUCUGUGUUUCUUUUCUGCUGACGAAUCACAUGAGUGCAAUAAAGUUGAUGAGUUCAGCAAACAGCGGAGUUUUGAGGAAACAAAUGAACUAGCAGCAAGUCUUGCUGAUGAGUUUGGAGUAAUUGUUCCAAAAAGAGGUGAUUACGAUGUAAGGAAGGGCAUGGUGCGACCCCCCACUGUAGAAAAAGAAGUGGAGUCAAUCCAAUGCCUGCACAUGUUGCUGCGUACUAUUGACUGGGUGCUAAAACUCACGUACCACCAAAUAGCAUGUGUAGAUCAUUGGUCUGAGAGUGUGAAUAUGAGGGACCUGCAAUUUAUCAAGCAGGCCAAAAAACAGGUUCAGGAACACAUGCUCGAGCAGACUGGCCUUAAAAUUGCAUUUCCAGACAGUACUGGGAAUGGAGGAACGACCACAACUGGGAACGUGGCAAGACGACUUCUCUUUGACACCUCAACCAGAGAAAUCCUUCUUCAACUGGUUCCUGAGAGGAAACGUGGCCCUCUGAGAGAGGUUAUGAAGAGGCUAGCAGUGGUGUUACGGGUAAUAAGUUCCACACGGAGACUUAGUGCACAGAAAGCUGAGGACUUGGAAAGUUUCUGUAAAGAAACUUACAAACUGAUACUGAUAACGUUUCCCUCACCAGUAGCUCGACUUUCACCCUCAGUACACAAACUAUUGGCUCAUUCCUGGGAACUUGUCAAGCUGAAUGAAAACCAGGCUCUUGGUAACGUGUCUGAGGGUGGAAUCGAAGCCUGUAACAAGUUACUGCGGCGUUACAGGAUCAGACUCUCACGUAAGCGGAGUCAACACGACAACUUGUUCGACUGUGCCAAGAGACUUUGGGUGAAUAGUGAUCCUGUCAUUCAAGAAAUGCGGUUGGCAACACUGCCUUACUGUAAACACUGUGAUAUGAGAGGUCACAGCAGAAGGUGGUGUCCUGCGAGAGUCCAGUGCGCGCUUCAGAGCGAAGACACAGCAGUUGAUAAUUUCUUCAGUUAAUUAGUUAAUUUGUCAAUUUGAUCUGUAUUUUAUCAUAUUUAACGUUUAUUCGUUGUUCAGACUUCAUUAUGUAAUUGAUUAUUUAUUCCUCAUGAACGUAAACAUUACCUUACUAUUA